AUGUGGCUUUUCAAUGCUCCUCCAGCCGUACUCGGCCUGGUCGCAUUGGCACAUCUGCCCUCAGCUCUCGCAAAGCCAUACCCCGUCCACAUUGAAGAGUUCCAAGAACUGCACAACGCGUCGCAGAUUGUCAAGAAGGCCGACUGCGACAACCCCUGUGGUUACGGAGGCUGGCUAUGCUGUCCCUCGGGUUCAACUUGCUACACCGACGCAAGUAACCAGGCGCAAUGCGGCUCUGGUGGAGCGACCACAGAAGCAGCAGGCGGCUACUGGCAAUACCACACUACCACAUACGUCGAGACAGUCGGUCUCCUCACAAAGACCGAAGUCUACAGCACAUAUGUCCCUGCCGUCGCAACGCAGACAUGUAGCCAGUCGCAAAACCCCUGCGGUUCUACUUGCUGCGACUCAGGCUUCUACUGUCUGUCUUCCAGCGCCGGCACUUGCGCGCUGAUCGCUGGUGGCAGCUCCGGAGGUAUAUCACCAUCUGCUCCUCUGCGACCAACUAGCUCAGGCGUAGUAGUCAUCACCUAUACCGGAACCCCCACCGCGACCGUUCCCUUCCAGACACCCAUCCCCACCGGCGCAGCAGGCGGCGGCCUCGUCCCAACCGAAGAGAGCAACAGCGGUCUCAGCGGCGGUGCCAUCGCUGGUAUCGUUAUCGGUGUUAUCUUGGGCAUAUUGCUACUCCUCCUUCUCUGCCUCUUCUGCUGCGCUCGCGCUCUCUUCGACACUCUCCUUGCCAUCUUCGGCAUCGGCAAGAAGCGCAAGCACACGCACGAAGAAACCUACAUCGAAGAGCACCACCACAGCGGUGGCGCUGCUGCUGGAGGUCGCUGGUACGGAGCCGGUCGUCCUUCUCGCCCAUCGCGCGCUGGUUCUGAGAAGCACAGCGGUGCGAAGAAGGGUUUGGGCCUUGCGGCUGGACUUGGUGGUCUCGCGCUCGCUUUGGGCCUGAAGAGGAGACAUGAUGCCAAGGUUGACGAUAAGAGUACCACUGUCAGUGGAACAUCAUACAUGUACAGUGAUUACACAAGUUCGAGCAGCGCAAGUUCAUCUGAUCGCCACACACGCCGAACACGCCACUCAUCAAGAAGAUAA